AUAAGCAAUUUGCAAACGGAUGAGUUUUUGCAUCAGAUAACUGACAGACACUCGCAAACCUUCGUAAUCAGCCAAUGAAUUUUUCGGUACUUCAACUAUUAUUCCAGGUCGCUAUCAAGCGAUAGGUUAUAAUCAGUGGAAAAGAUCUGGCUUCAACUGUGAAGUUGAACGACAAAUUAAUCGAGAACUUUAACCGCACUGUUCAAAGGGUGACACAGCAAUCGGUCGAGGAACUUCGUCUACUCGACACAGAAAGCCUGUUGGCAAACCAUGGCGACUAACAGCAGCACAAGGUCUGCAUUCCGAGUGGUUGGGCUUCUUGUUUAUGUCCUCAUCGGAGGAGCCAUAUUUAUGCAGAUCGAGAAGGAAACAGGCAGAAACUCUAAGAGUCAAACAUUAGAGGACUUCCUACGUCGGUGGAGUAACACGUAUAAUCUGUCCCAAGAAAAUAUCACCAAUCUGCUUAAAGAUUACGACGACACGAGGGAGAAUGGAGCGAAGCCAACAUGGACAUUCUUAAAUUCUGUUUUCUACGUUUUACAGCUUGUCACUACAAUUGGAUAUGGAAACAUAACGCCCACGACAGAAAGCGGUCAAAUUUUAACUGUUAUUUAUGCGCUGGUAGGAAUUCCAUUCACAGUUUUGGCUCUUAAAUCAAUCGGGGAACUUGUAAACAAAGCCUUAAAAUCGGUGACCCGACCACUGCAUAGGAAAUUUCACAGUAAAAACUGCCAAGAACGUGCCUGCGAUUUUAUGGAAACUGGAAAUACCUGCAUCAAUUUAGUGUCUUGCAUUGUAACCUGGAUCAUUGCUUGUGCACUGAACACGCAUUUAGAAUCAAAACAAAGUUUUAUCACGAACUCUUAUUCCAUUUUUGUGACCUUAACUACUGUCGGAUUUGGAGAUAUUAUUCCGUUUGAGGAUCACUUGUAUGUUUUCAUUAUAACUGUUCUACCCGGGUUGUGUUUCAUGUCCAGUUUGAUCGACUCGAUUGUAGCGUACUUGGAUAAAACCCGAGUGGCUACCACGCGAUCUUUUAGCCUCACGGGGUGUUGUUCAGCUAAAAACGAAGCGAGGAUAACGGCAGAAGUGGAUUUGAAAAACAAUCAGACACUGGAGAACAACACCACCUUUUGAUGGGGCAUAUAGAGGGCUUCCAUUAGAUGUCAUACAUAUGUCAGUAAAGUUGCCAUGGCGAUAACACCAGAACAAUUAGAACUAAUAGAGCGCCGACUUCCCUUUCGUAGAAUGUUUUAAGACAGUUAAAUGGGAAUAACUUUCACGACAAUUACAAGAAAAGUACCAAAAAAUUAUAGAUCUCGAAAACCAUCCAAGAUUUCGUAAGAAAUCUGCUAAAAUGAACCCCUUAAAAGACUCCUUUGUGAGGAUCGUCAAGGAAUGGAACAAGUUACCUAACCACCUUUUUGGAAACGAUACCGACAUCAACAGAACAGAUUCAAACGAAAUUUAAAAAAGUGGAUGAACAUUAGUUGACUAUUCAAUUUACUGUUCCCUUUGUCCUGUUUUAUUUCAGAGCUGUUCUUGUACAUGUUGUUUGCAGAGAUUUUGAAAUGUAAAAAUGAGCAUAAAUUUUAGAAGUAAA